ACACUGCACCCAGAGCGCCUGCGCAGACCCUGAAAAGCGGCCAGGGAGGCCCCACAUUUUCCUUUUCCGGUUGCAGCGCCUCGCGGUGAGGACCUCUGGCCCACGUUCCAGCCAUGCCGUCCAAGGGUCCUUUGCAGUCUGUGCAGGUCUUCGGACGCAAGAAGACGGCCACAGCAGUGGCGCACUGCAAACGGGGCAACGGCCUCAUCAAGGUGAAUGGGCGGCCCCUGGAGAUGAUCGAACCCCGCACGCUACAAUACAAGCUGCUGGAACCUGUUCUGCUUCUAGGCAAGGAGCGAUUUGCUGGGGUGGACAUCCGAGUCCGAGUGAAGGGUGGUGGUCACGUGGCCCAGAUUUAUGCAAUCCGCCAGUCCAUCUCCAAAGCCCUGGUGGCCUAUUACCAGAAAUACGUGGAUGAGGCUUCCAAGAAGGAGAUCAAAGACAUCCUCAUCCAGUAUGACCGGACCCUGUUGGUAGCUGAUCCCCGGCGCUGCGAAUCCAAAAAGUUUGGUGGUCCUGGUGCCCGUGCUCGCUACCAGAAAUCCUACCGAUAAGCCUGUCGUGAGGAUGAGGGUUCAUCUUUAUAAUAAACAGUUGUUACGGGA